UCCCUCCUCCACUCCGCACCACACAGACCUGUUUUCUCGCUCCGGUGUUUUGACAGAAAACUAAACGCCGUCGGACCGUGUGACUUUCUUUCUUUAAAUUUGUGAAACCACCAGCAGGAGCAACAGCACCAGCACCAGCACCAGCAGCACCAGGAGCACCAGGACUCUCUCCCCGGGUCACACUUCACCACCAGUCGUUCAGGUCGUCGCGAGGCACCGGCGCAUAAGCUUGAAAGGUGAACGGUGUGAACAGUGUUGGAAUGCAACAGGAUUAUCAUCUGACCUUAACUCAGAGGAGACAAAGCAACCAGACCUCUAGAUCACACAUUUUCUGAUCCUUGCUGCACUACAAUGCCUUUGAGGUUAUAAUGUCUUCGCUGAAGCACGUUAUUCUACAGGAUAAAGACCAGGAUGUUGAGAAGCAGCUGGACUGGAGUUACAUUGAGUGGGUUGAAAAUGAAGUUGUCACCACAGGUGUGUCAGAUGCACAGACACAAACUGACUGUGGGACUUUUGAGCACAAGGAGAGUCAGACCAGCAACCCGGUCAUAAUGCACAUAGAUCUCACACGGACACACUCCAAGCUGAGACAUUCCUCCCUGGUGGACACCGACGGCUUGGUAGCGCCUUUCUUCCAGUUUGACCGACAGGCCCCCGGACGCAUCUCCACGUCUCCCACCUUGAGGAGGAUGAGGAGCACCCGGCGUCCUCUGACGGAUAGCUGGGAUCCUGUCAAAAUGGGGAGCACUCAGGAGGAGCCUUCCCCAACCUCCCCCGUAAGCCCCCUGUCCCCGGGACACAGAGUCAAGUCUCCCCUUGCAGCAAACCCGCUCUCUGAUGGAGAGAGCUGUCAGGAUCAUCAGCCCAUUUCAUCAUCCGGCCGACAGAGAACCAAAUCACACAGAUCAAAGACUUUUGACAACGGCAUCGCGUCCAAGAGAAAAGAAUGUCACAGUGCUCAUCCUCUUCAUACUGAAAAUUUUGGAUUUCCUGAUAGUGAAGUACAGGAGAAAGAGCUUUGCCAUAAUAGGCUUCAGGAAAGGAGACGGAGCUCCGUGGUGGUCAGCUUGCCUGGAUUGGACGUUUCACCAGGAGACCUUUUUGUAUCCAAUGGAGCGGCUGACAUGUUAAAUGGUUCAAACUUCUCUGAUACUAAGAAGUCAAAAUGGCCUUUUUCGAGGCGUAGUACGACUAAAGGGAAGUCACAGACAGGCACAGCAUCAGAUAUAGAAAAAUAUCUCUCAACAUCACAGAUACAAGACUGGAGAAACUCUGACCUUCAGAGGUACAAGGACUACUCUCUGGCAGACUUCCUGCAGGACCAGUCUUCUGAGGUUAGCGCCACCUCUGACCCUCAAAGCUUCAAAAGACAAGAGGCCAUCUGGGAACUCUUCACCAGCGAGUGUGUUUACUUCCUGGAUCAGCUCAUGGUUCUCAAAGAGGUGUUUUUGGCUACCCUCUCAAACCUGCAGAUGAGGAACUGCCUGACUGAUAUCGACUCCUGGGGGCUAUUUGCAAACCUCAAUGAGCUUUGCCUGGUGAGCUUUGGUUUCCUGACCAGUCUCCUCCGCGUCAUCAAAGACACGUUGGAGAUCACUGAGGAUGACGGGCCCACCCUGCUGGAGCUGCUGAGCAAGGCAAAUGCCUUCCAGGAGAGCAUAUGCCACUGCCUGCAGAAGUACUGCCUCAACUACUCCACGGCUCUGCUUUAUCUGGACAGCCUGAAGCCCAGAGAGGACUUUGGAUCUUACGCGAAGUGGUGUGAGAGGAACGAACAAUGCCGGAGGCUGCAACUGCGCGACCUGUUGGUGGCGCCGUUGCAGAGGCUAACUCGAUACCCGCUGUUGUUGCGGAACAUCGCGAAGAGAUGCCAGACGGAGGACGAGACCAGAGGCCUGCAGGUUAUAGCGGAGCAAGUGGACACAUCUAUAUGUGAUCUAGAGGGAAAGGUGAAAUGGCUGGAUAACUACCAGAAGGUGAAGCAGUUGAGAGACGCCCUGGUGUGGCUGCCUGUAUGGGAGAGAGACAAGCGCGCUUUUGUCCCUGAGAAUCUGAAACAUCUCUUAAAGGCCGUCACUCUGGAGAAUCUCAUUUCUCACAGAAGUCUGCUGCACGAUGGGAAACUGGUGCUCACAGAGAAUGCAAAGCUGAUAGAUGUUUAUCUGUUCCUGUUUGACGAAUUCCUGCUGAUCACCAAGAUAAAGAGAAUCAAGAAGCGGUCCAUCGGCCCAGAGCAGAAUCCUCUGAGGAUGCCGCAAAACCUGGAGCUGGAUCAGCUGCUGAAGGAGGGAUGCACGUUCACGGUUCUGGACCAGCCCGUCUCUCUGGACCGACUCCAGCUCAAGAACAUCGAUCAGAUCAAUGCCUCAACAUCAGGGCUGCCUCAUUCUUUCAUAAUCAUGCACCAGAACCGCUACCAACAAUGCAUCGGCGCAUUCAUCCUGCAAGCUGCGUCAGAGUCUGCAAAGAGAGUGUGGAUGACAAAGAUAGAGGGCGCUGUGACGGCGCUGCUGAAGCUGGACUCUCAGCAGCAGCGAGUCAAGAGCUCCUCACUGUGGCUGGAGUCUUCACAGAUAUGACCCAUCAAACAGCAGUUGAAGCCAUCUGAAACGUCUCUGCUGUCAACGUGCACUUCACUGUCUCUUGUAAAGGACUGUGCUGGCAUUAGGAUCGUUUUGUAAACUAAAUGUUGGCCUUUAAAGGCAGCUGCUGCAGUAGUGUAUAAUAAAUACCUAGCUAUGUAGUAAAA